AGUCGACACGGCUGAUCCCAGAAGGCUGAAUUGAGCCACUUGACUUUCUGGAGCAGAUUGGGAGCGCUCCUGUGCCAGCUCUGUGCUGAGAUCCUGUCCUCACACACAAGCCCAGCCCCGACAAGACAGAGUACCUGGAAGCAAUUCUGACCCCAGUAAAUUGUGAUCCAUGGCUACAGUGCUAAUAUGCCGAAGAUUUCCAAGGCUGAGCAGGGUGACUACAUUUUCAACUACAGCCAAGUGCAAGGCCGAGAGCGGAAGCAGCAAAACUAAGCAGAAAAAGGAGGAGAACCCAGAAACAGACAACACCGGAACGGAAUCUGUGGCUACAAUCCAGUUGCUGAAUCCGCUGGACUACAGAGUACCGUAUAAUCCAUCUGCCUACGCCAAAAGCAGAGCUGCCUCCCAGCAGCACGCUGCUAGGAGCGGUGGCCAGGCUCUCAGCGAUGCUUUCACCGGCCCUGGCACCGCACAGGUUCAGCAUCUAUUCAGUACCGCCCCUUCUCAAGCUUUGCCACCCCUCCAAACUGCCCCGCCAAAGCCCAGGGCCAAACCGCUCCUCAAGCAGACCGUCUUGGCGCAGCUCCCUGUGGCACAAGACAAGGAGGAGGCAGAAAAUGAAAAGAUGGAAAUGCACGACUCCAAGGAGGACCCUCGUCUGUUUCAGAGGGGGAGGCCUGAGUACAGAUCUCUCAGCUAUGACAAGUCCGAGCCGAUAGAGACCCUUCCUUUAGAAGAAGCUGACUCAAUUUUACACAGUGUGGCCGAAUGUAAGGGCAGCCAGAGCCCAGGAACUAUCACAGAUUAUUUUCACAAGCUGAGUUGUUUACCAGUGGAAGAACACGCGGCACUGGUGUCCAAACCCAGUUUUAAUAAGCUGUGUUGCGAUGCUGCCAAAAACAUCUGCUUGUUCAGUACCUCGGACCUCAUCGAUAUUUUAAAGGCUUGCAUUUGUUUGGUUGUUCCACCCACCCACCCUCUGCUGAACGCGUGCGACGACGAAUUCUGCCGGCGGGUGUGGGACAUGACCCUAGACCAGCUGCUGCUGGUGGCUGAUUGCUGGCGCUGCCUGGAGCGUAGCGUGCCUUCCUACCUGAGCAUUUUGUUCAGCUAUGCCAACAUGCACUGGAAAGACCUCACUUUGCCCCAGUUUGUUCAGCUCGUUUAUAUCAUAGGCGAAGGCCGGAGGUCGCCCACAGACUUGAUGCAGAAGGUGGAGAGCAUGAUUUUGAAGCACUUGGACUCCUUCACCUUGGAGGAGGUGGGUGCUAUCUGCUUGGGGCUCUUCAAGUCCCUCAGUGGUAUCUCUGACCACGUCAUGAAGAGAAUCGCAGACAAAGUCUCCCUGCAGAUGGGAGACAUGAGCACUUAUGCUUUGGUGAACGUGCUUAAAAUGCUCCGCUACACUCGCAUUAUCCACUUACCCCUCUUGAAGGAACUCGGGAAGGGUAUUCCCGCUCAGAUUCCUACAAUAAACAUCCAGGGCAUCAUGCACAUCACUCUUACCUGUUCAUCCCUUCACUACUUUGACGAAGGCGUUAUGGCUGCCGUAGCCAUGUCUUUGCCUUCUAAGGUGACCUACUGCCGAAGCAAAGACGCUGCCAAGUUCUUGUGGUCAUUUGGGUGCCUGGACUACGAACCUCCAAAUGAGGAAGAGUUUUAUUCCAGCCUGAUAGAGCAGAUGCAUAGAAAACUCCAUGAAUUUGCCAAGUUUCCGGAGCAUCUCCUUACUGGUUUGCUUGGCCUGGCAUUUGUCAAACGCUUUCCAGAGGAGCUGAUAGACUAUGCUUUGAGGGAUAGGUUUGUCCAGAAAACGAGAGGGAGUAAAUAUGAGCUCAGAAAGGACCUGUUCACCCUUAGUAAGAGUGUUGAAAUUGAGUGCCCGAGCUACGAAGGCAGCCGCCUUCCACCUCAGCUUUACCAAGAGAUGACUGAGAUGGCUUUGAAUUUUGCAGAGCAGGAAAUCUAUGUCAGGCCUGAAAUUGUGCAAGCCACAUCUCUUCUCGAGAGCAUGUUAGGUGGCCCCGUGUACGUGAAGAACCACAUGAUCCUGCCUCACACAAGAUCGAGUGAUCUGGAGGUUCAUUUGGCCAUGGAUGGACAACCCAUCCCUUUCAACUUAAAAGACCCUGUUGCAGAUAGAAAACUAAAAGACAUCGGAGUUAGUCUGACGGAUGACUUAAUGACUCAGCUUAUAAAAGGGAGAUGUAAUAGCCAGUCCCCUGCAGAACUGGAAAAUGAAGCCAGGACUCCCGGUCAGGAGAGAGGGGAAGCACGAACACCACGCACGGGGGAUCGUGCUGCUCUUAGUGCAGAUGCCAGACUGCAUGUUGAGCCUAAAUCAGGGCACUGUCUUGAAGCCCCCCCGACUCUCACACGGAAUCAGCAGCCUCAGGGCGUGAAACUGGCUAUUCAGGUGUCCAACCGAAACCACUACUGCUACCGCUCGAAGCGGCUCUUGGGGCUGCACUCUCUGAAACGGCGGCAGCUGCGGCAGCUGGGGUACGUAGUGGUUGAGCUCCCCUUCUGGGAAUGGUUUCCCCUGCUCAGACGCACGCGUUCGGAGAAACUGAGCUACCUCCAUUACAAAGUGUUCAACCCAGCGCUGCUUAGCGGGACUGGUUAGUCUGGUGUGCUGCUUGCUCAGAGGCUGGCACAGCCUCCCACGUGCAUCUCUUUCUGAUUACUGAUGAAAAUGGUCUCUGAGUGUUGGUUAAGUUUUUGGUGGAUGCUUUAUGUGCUCAGGCUGCCUUGCUAGGUUAGCCCAGGCUGCUUUUCUGAUAGUCCUGUGUCCCGCGCUCUCCUUUUGUACAUAGAUCUCAGGUGCUUCCAUGACAAAUAAAAACUACUAUUGUAUUCA